AUGACCUCCAACGCGUACGAUUACGCCCCGCACUCCCAACCGCAUAACGACAACCGACACAAUUACAACGUACCCUCCCCCAACCCCUCCUUGCUGGAUGACAGGCACGGCACGCCGUUGAGCUCUCACUCGCCAGCCGGCUCGACGGUGCCCCUGCGCCCCGAAAGCGCGUACGGCGGCCACUCGCGCGAUGACCCAUCCUACCCUGCUUACGCGCACUACGAGAUGCCCGCCGCGCCGAUUCAACGUACCCCGAGCCAGCCUAAUGACCUUAAGCACGGCGAGCUGCCGGACGGAUGGACAAAGGAGGACGAGGAGGACGAGAAAGAGUUCCUCAAGGCUGGACUGUUCCGCUGGCGCGACCUGUACGCGUGGCGUUUCUGGAUCCGCCUUGAGUGGUGGUACUGGUAUAUCAUCCUGAUCGUGUGUACAGUCCUCGUCAUCCUCAUGACCGUGUACCACGAUCAGCUGGUCAAAUGGCUUACUCCGGCCGCGGAGUGGAUGCGCGACCUCCCAGCCGGAUGGACCAUUCCGAUUGCCAUCAUGUUCGUCAUCUCCUUUCCCCCCUUGUUCGGACACGAGAUCGUCGCAAUCAUCUGCGGUAUCGUGUGGGGCCUCUGGAUCGGUUUCGGCAUUGUCGCCGCCGGCACCCUGGCUGGCGAGAUUGGCAACUACUACGCGUUCAAGUACUGCCUGCGCUCGCGUGCCGAAAAGUACGAGAACAAGAACAUCACAUACCACUGCCUGUCGUAUGUGAUGCGCGAAGGUGGUUUCUGGAUCGUCUUCAUGGCCCGUCUCUCCGCCAUCCCAGGCCACUUGACUACGGCCGUGUUCGCGACGUGCGGCAUGCCCUUUUGGAUCUUCCUCACUGCGACUGUCCUCACGCUGCCCAAACAGCUCGUUACUGUCUAUCUCGGUGUGCUCAUCCUCAACAAAGACAGGAGCACAAAGUCCAAGAUUAUCUCGUACGCCGUCUUGGCCGUUGGCUUCCUCGUGACCAUCUACGCCGCCUGGUACAUCUGGCACCACAUGCACAAGGUGCGCGUGCACGUCUGGCGUAUCCGACGCAUGCAGAUGGCGAGCCGCGGCAUCGCUCUCGGUGAAGUCGGGUACGCACGCGACCCCGACGAGGCUGAGGUGUCCACUCCUAUCCUCUCGACCCACCCCCACCGCAGCUCGACCAAGCAUGGCGGCCUCGGCGUGCCUGUGGGCGCUUUCGACCGCGACCGUGCAUCCUACGUCAACCCCUACGAUAUCAGAUACGACCGCGAAGGCGACAUGAGCAUCUACCACGUCGACGCGAUGACCGAGCGUGUCCACCUUGAGGAGGACAUCGCGGACCGCAUGCGUCGCGCACGCUCGCCACCUCCAGCCGUGCCAGCCGUGCCAGCCAUGCCGCAGCAGUACAGGCCACAACCUGGGUUCCCGCAGGCUGCACCGAGUGGGCUCACGCGCGAGCCGUCCUCAGCGAGCUUCUACCAGCCCGCCACACAACCACUAGCCAUCCCUUCAGCAUUCCCCGUUGCUGCACCCGCACCAGCAGCGCACGAGCAUUACGGUGGGCGGAUCUAG